GCAUCCGUCAACAAACCGAGAGAAUACGGAAGUUGCCGAUUGUUUUCAAAGGAGACUAUUCUUCUCUGUGCAGACAGUCGCUCUCUUUGUCAUUAAACGGGAUUUUUUAAGUUUCAUAUUUUCUCUACAGCUGUUAAAGAGGUAUUUGAAGUUGUCAAGCGAGGAAGUCGCUAACUUGGUGACACUGACACGGCGGUUAAACCUGCAGCCUGACAGACAGAGAGGAUGCCAGCAGCAGAGGAGUCCCAUGGUGUCAACAAAGUCGUGGACAACAUCUGUAAGCUUUCUCCAGAUCUGGUGGCUGAAGCAUGUCAGCACAUCCUGACUUAUCUACAAGGGCACACCAGAGGAGUAGAUUCAGCUGAAAUUUCUGAUAGUUUUCAGAGAGCCGGAGUCAGAUUUAACAAUGAAGCUCUACAGGACAUUGUGAGAUUCCUCAUGUUGACAUUCAGGUCUGCUGGGAAGAGCAACCUCUCUGCGGAUGACCUUGUGUCGAGGCUGGAAGAAGACAGUAACAAGUGGGCCAAAGCUUCCCUUCAGGUGUUGCACAGGUUGUGGACUGAACAUGGUGCGUUAGUCCAGGCUCAGCAGAAGGUAGAGGCCACGCUCAGCAUCGGCCAGUUAGUGGACAUGCAGUGGAGGCUCGGCAUGGCAGUGAGCUCCGACACUUGUCGAUCUCUCAACUCCCCGUAUGUGACUCUGCUGCUGAAGAUCGUCGAGCCCUCUGGGCAGAUUUGUCACAGGUCUUUUGAGAUGACCAUUCCACAGUUCCAGAACUUUCACAAGCAGUUCAAGGAGAUGGCCGCUGUUAUGGAGACGGUAUGAUGGCUGCAAGCGAGAGUACACUCCAAUUUACAUGUAACCAACAGAAGAAGAGCUCAGCACAGGCGUUUGCCUGCUGACUGUCUCAAAAUGUGGAUACGAAUUAUUGUAAAUUUCAGUUGUCUGCUUUGCACUUUCAUUUUUAAGCAGAUUGCAUAAGCUCCUAAAUGAUUUACUUUUUGGACGCCAAGCUGUUACAUUAGUUUGAAAUGCCUGUCGUCACUUUGAAUGCCAAGAUUUAAGUGUACUUCCUCACAUUAACUUAUCUAGAUAUCAUUAAUUUAACUUUAGGGACAUGUACUGUACACUCAGUUGCCAGUUUAUUAGGUACAUCUAACUAAAACUAACACAUUUUUAAUACAGCAUUUUUUUGGACACUAAUGUUUCCCCUCAUCUCCUACUGUUGUAUCAGAGCAUUAUUCAGCCAGUCCUUCUGCACUGUUCCACCUGCUUUUUUAACAUGUUAUCGGUUAAAAAUAGUGCCAAACUCACAUGCAUCACUAAUGCCACUGCCAGGAUUAUUGGUCUCCCCACACCCAACCUGACAGAGUUAAACAUCAGGGCCGCUGCACACAUUGCAACCUCAGUAGAGCAGGGCAUCACACACCCACUCAAUCACCACCUCACCCCUCUGCCCCCUGGGCGCAGGUGCAGAGCACUGAGGUGCAGAAGGGCUCACUGUGGGAAGAGCCUGAUCCCUGCAGCCACAGCUGCUUUAAAAAAUAGGCCUCGCUGAACAGGCCUGAGUGUGCACUCCUGUCUGCGCCCUUACUGUGAUGUCGUCCAUGUUGUUUCUGUGUGUUGUGUGUUUGCUGUUGUCUGAGAAGGUACAGUGCUGGGGAAAGAAUCUCAUCUUGGGUACAAUAAAGUGGAAGUCUGUUUUAAAUCGAUGUUGAUUCAACUUCAUGGACAUUUUGGAGGAUAUAGUUUGUAGUGCUGUUAAAGUGUACUGCAUUAUACAGAGAGAUCAGGGGAUUUUUUUGUUAUUUAGUGUACGCUCAGUGGUGGGAUGGACAAAAUAAUAGACACCUGUCCACAAACAUCACAACCUAUAUCCUCCAAAUAUCUUUAAAGUUAAAUCUACACCCUCUAAAACAGUUAAAACAAAAGCUGAACAUUAUAACCUUCAUGAAGGGAGGAGUUAUUGCAGAACUGCUAUAUUAGUUUUAGCGAGGUGUACCUAAUAAACUGGUAAUUGUAUGUACUAUAAUGUACUUUACUACAUAUAUAAAUAAAAUCAUUUUAGUACUUUUCUGCCUUGAA